UUCUCAGGCUGAAGUUCAGGGUUAGCAGAUCUUCAGUGUCUCUCCUGUGUGUUCUCAGGAUCAGUGUGUGUUUUUAUUGAGGAUGUGUGUGUGACCGAUCAGUGACUCACGAUGCUGAGGGUGAAGACACUUUACGGCUGAUGACGUCACGCGGUGAUUUCCUUUAUUUCUCGGAUGUUUUGGAGGAACUUUGACAUGAAGCUUCUCUCUCUCUGAGAGAUGUGUAUCAGCUGCUCGGCUCCUUAAAAACACGUCUUUACUGCUGUCUUCAAACACAGGACUUGGUUUUUUAUUUGUGUUUUCGGGGAUCAUGGUGGAGAAGGUGUUGUCCCGUUUCUUCCCCGCGGAGGGUGACCCCCCCCCCGGGAGGAGUCGGUGGAGCUCGGCGGUGGUUGCGGUGGUUCUGCUCGGGAUGUUCGCUUCCUCCUGCUGGGCAGAAGAAGCUUCCUGUCACGGAGCUUACGACCUCUACUUCGUUUUAGACAAGUCUGGAAGUGUCGCCAACGACUGGUUCGAGAUCUACUCCUUUGUGAAAAACCUGACCGACAGAUUUGUGAGCCCCAGGAUGAGAGUCUCGUUCAUCAUCUUCUCGUCUAAAGCCACCGUCCUGCUUCCUCUGACGGGAGACAGAUAUGAGAUCGAAGAAGGUCUGAAGAGGCUGAAGGAGGUGAAACCAGCCGGAGAAACGUUCAUGCACGAGGGAAUAAAACAGGCGUCGGCUCAGAUUAAGGCUCAGGGGAUCAAAUCGUCCAGCAUCAUUCUGGCUCUGACGGACGGCAAGCUGGAGGUUUUCCCCCUCGAGCUCACCGUCAACGAGGCUAAGGAGGCGAGGCAGUAUGGCGCCCGUGUUUACUGCGUGGGAGUCAAAGACUUUGACGAGCAGCAGCUCGCUCAGAUCGCCGACACCAAGGACCAAGUGUUUCCUGUCAAAGAUGGCUUCCACGCUCUGAAGGGCAUCAUCAACUCUAUAUUAAAGCAAUCGUGCACAGAGAUCCUGAGUAUAGAGCCGUCCAGCGUCUGUGUGAACGAGUCCUUCGACAUCGUCCUCAGAGGAAACGGCUUCUCCAUCGGAAGCAACGGAGGAGUCGUCUGCAGCUUCAUCGUCAACGAGCAAACCUUCAAUCAGAAGCCGACUGCUGUCCGGAAUGAUUACAUGCUGUGUCCUGCUCCCAAACUCUAUGAAGUCGGACA